AUGCAACAGGAGGCACAACAGGAAAUGGAAAUUCCCGAAACUGAUCAGAAAUCGAUACAGUCCACUUCCAAUGGUGAUUCCAUUGUUCCCAUACAGUCUUGUUUCGCAGCCAACAGCAAGACCGUGCUGUUGGGAACGGCCAUGGUUGGUAUCCGACAUAAUGGGGAGAUUUUCAAGGCACGAGCACUUUUCGAUUCUGGGUCGGAAGCGUCUUUCCUGUCAGAACACCUUUUCAACUUGCUUAAACUAAAAGCACGCAAAUUUAUGGCUCAUAUAUCCGGCCUUAAUGGCACCCUCUCUGCGAAGACUCAGAAAAUAUGUAUGCUUCAAAUCACUUCUCCAAUGACUUCAGGUUUUGACCUGGAGGCCCCCAUUAUGGUCAUUCCUAAGCUAACAUCCUCACUGCCUACUUUUUCUGUAUCCGAGGAAAUGUUUUCCACACUUCCUGACAUCCACCUGGCAGACCCUGAGUUUUAUCGGUCAUCGUAUAUUGACAUUUUGAUAGGGGCAGAUCUGAUUCCGCAGGUCAUGUUAAAUGGCAUUAUUAAUCCAGUUUGUGGGUCUCUUUUGGCCCAAGAAACAGUAUUUGGUUGGAUUCUGACCGGUCCCAUUCCAAAAGAGCCUAUUUCAGUCUUCCGCACUACUGUUUCACUUCCAGAUGAUAUCGCCUUAGAUGAACUAGUUUCCAAAUUCUGGGAACUGGAGGACCUCCCUAGGGUUAAACCUAUUUCCGAUAUGGACAAGUAUUGUGAGGACAUGUUCGUGGAAACCACCACCAGAAACGAGGCAGGCCGGUAUAUUGUUACGCUGCCAUUUAAACCCGAAUUUCCUUCCGGUAUUCAACUCGGGCAGUCCCAAAAGAUAGCUCUUUCUCAGUAUAUAAGAAAUGAGAAUCGGCUUCUCAGAGAUAUUGAGCUUAAGAGGCAGUACGAUGCGGUUCUGGCAGAGUAUAUUGAAUUAGGCCAUAUGAAGAGGGUAAGGGACAUUGAUUUCACUCCCAAAUCCAAUUUUCACUACUUGCCACACCAUGCUGUUGUUCGUCCAAAUAGCGUUACUACAAAAGUUCGUGUAGUGUUCAACGCGUCAAACCCUACCUCUAAUGGUAUGAGUUUGAACGACGUCCUCCACCCUGGUCCAUCUUUGCAGAAAGAUCUGUGCACUUUAUUACUCCAGUGGCGAUUUUAUAAAGUGGUUUUCAAUAGCGAUAUUGAAAAAAUGUAUCGCCAGAUUUGUGUCCAUCCGAAACACACUACAUUCCAGAGAAUUCUCUACCGAAAGUCCCCUUACGAUGAAAUCGAAGAAUUUGAGCUACAGACGGUUACGUUUGGGGUAAAUUGUGCCCCAUUCUUGGCUCUACGCACAAUUCAGCAACUGGCUACAGACGUAAGGCUUCAAUAUCCGCUUGCAAGCGAGAUUUUGGAAUCGUCGAUGUACGUCGACGAUGUUCUUGGGGGGAGUCAUGAUAUUUUGUCCGCAACUAAGACCCAGAAGGAACUCAUUUCGGCCUUGGGGACAGCCGGUUUUUUAUUGAGAAAAUGGACUUCUAACUCUAAGGAGUUCCUAAAAUCCAUUCCAAAGGACCAUCUUCUGAAUUCCGAAUUUCUUGAGUUUGAAGAUUCAAGUAAGGCCAAGACUCUGGGUGUUCGUUGGAACGCGAAACUUGAUGAUUUUUAUUUCGUAGCCGGGCAAUUAGACGCAAAUUCCGAUCCCACUAAGAGGAAUAUUCUUUCCAAUAUAUCGAAACUAUUCGACCCAGCUGGGUGGCUAUGCCCCUUCAUAGUUCUCGCAAAACUUCUAAUGCGGGAUGUUUGGUUAUCCAAAGUCGGGUGGGAUGAUCCCCUUCCUCCGAAUUUACUUGCAGCAUGGCAUUCAUUCUUGGGGAAUUAUUCUAGGAUUGGAGAUAUACGAAUUCCUCGCUGGAUACAUUUCACUCCUGAAAGCGAUAUGGAACUCCAUGGCUUCUGUGACGCCUCUGAAAAGGCGUACGCAAUAGCCAUUUAUGUUCGAGUCGCGGCUCCCAGCGGUGAAAUUGUCACACACCUCCUUAUGUCAAAAUCGAGGGUGGCACCAUUGAAGACAAUUUCAAUUCCUAGACUCGAACUUUGUGGCGCGGCCUUACUGGCGGAGGCCAUUGAAUCGAUUCUGCCGUCCAUUCCAAAUUGCAAGGUUUUCUGUUGGACAGAUUCAACGAUAGUCCUUGCCUGGUUAAUGAAACCAGCGUUCCAAUGGAAGACUUUUGUGGCUAACCGUGUUUCAAAAAUAUGUGAGGUAGUACCAGUGGACCACUGGGGCCAUGUUGAAUCAAGGCAGAAUCCUGCGGAUUUGGCUUCCCGUGGAGUGUUUCCCGAUGAGUUAAUUCAGAAUGACCUUUGGUGGUUUGGUCCUCUGUGGCUUAGGCAUCCAUCGAGCCUUGGGCCAAUUAAGAAUGGUUUGUCAAUAGAUGAGACACUAUUGGAAGCUAAGACUAUUCACAGCCACUUUACUUACUUCCAAAACUACCAAGAUCCUCUGGAUAGGUUUUCUUCGCUGGGAAGAGCUCUUAGAGUGAUGGCAUAUGUAUACCGUUUUAUUUCUAAUUGCCGUGCUUCAGCCGAUAUAACUUCACGAACUCAUUCGCUGACCAAUGACGAAAUCCAGGAUGUUCGAGAUCGUUUAAUUGUCUUGUCACAAAAAUUAUUUUAUCCAACUGAAUAUAAGGCAUUGUCAAAUGGGGAGCAAAUUACGUCCACCAGUUCCUUAUUGACUUUGAACCCCUUUUGUGAUCCCAAAGGCCUCUUAAGAAUAUGUAGUCGCAUAGCCCAUUCCGAGAGCCUCACUUAUAAUGAGCGUUAUCCUAUUAUCCUGCCGUAUCACGGUACCUUCUCCCGAUUGCUGAUACUGUUCAUACAUUGCAUUACAUUGCAUGGAGGCAACAGUUUAAUGCUACGAAUGUUGCGUCUCCAGUUCUGGAUUCCAAAGGCGAAAAUUCUUAUAAAGGCCUGUGUUCACAAUUGCAAGAUUUGUGUAAUUUCCAAACACAAGCUUAGAACGCAGCUGAUGGGAACCCUUCCUCCAGAACGUACCACGCUCAGUCGACCAUUCACGAAUACUGGUAUUGACUUUGCAGGUCCGUUCGACAUAAAAAACUACUCGGCGCGAUCCUGUACUAUAACAAAGGGAUACGUAUGUUUAUUCGUUUGUUUCGCUACACGUGCUAUCCACUUGGAGCUCACAAGUUCCUUGACCACUUCAGCCUUUCUAGCGGCCUUUCACCGUUUUUCUUCCAGACGUGGGUGUCCCUUAAAGAUCUUUUCCGACAAUGGCAAAACAUUUGUUGGAGCAUCGAAAGAGGUGGCGAAAAACUUUCUUCAAAGAUCGCGGGACGAGACACUUUUCCAAUUCUCCUACCAGCGCUUAUCCUGGCACUUCAUUCCACCAGGAGCUCCUCAUAUGGGAGGGCUCUGGGAAGCCGGGGUGAAAAGUUUUAAGGCUCAUUUCCGAAAGAUGGCAGGAUGUCAUAAAUUUACGUUCGAGGAAUUCACUACUAUACUUUCCCGUAUCGAAGCCUGUUUAAACUCGCGACCUAUUUCACCUUUAUCCGAAAAUCCCGACGAUUUGCUAGCUCUUACCCCUGGACAUUUCCUUACUGGGGGUCCUUUGCUUUCACCUGCCGAACCUGACGAAUCCGAGACUACUAUUUCUGUAGUUAAUCGUUGGCGAAGAGUUGUGGCAUUAUCUCAACAGUUCAGUAUUAGAUGGAAACAUGAGUAUCUUAAAGAGCUUCACAAGCGCAUUAAAUGGAAAAGACCACAGCCAAAUAUCCAGAUUGGAAUGGAAAUUGGGGCGUAUUUCGAAGAUAUAUUAUGGCAAGGAUGA